AUGUCUAAGGCCGCCGCUGCCGCCCCGCCUAUCUUCGAGGUUUCUGAGACCCCCAUUACCGGCUACAAGGGUGUCCCUAGAAAGUUCGUCAGGAUCAAUCCCAACCCCGCCAACUACUCCGGAGUGAACCUCAACGCGCUUUCUGUUACCGAGCUUGGUACUAUCCCAGCGAAUCACACAUACUUCAACGACAAAGUGCAUCUCCGACGUCGCUUGGAGCACUGUGGGAAUUUUAGCCAUCUGGGUGGCAUUAGCCAUGAGAGGACUUACCUCGUCCCCAUGUGCAACGACAACUAG